AUGACGAAAAUAUAUCAUCCGAAUAUAAAUCCCAAUGGUAGUAUCUGCUUAGAUAUCCUCCGUGGACAAUGGUCACCAGCCCUCACAAUAUCGAAAGUUCUACUCUCAAUUUGCUCACUAUUGACGGACCCCAAUCCAGAUGAUCCUCUAUGCCCAGAUGUCGCACGUCAGUACAAAACAGAUCGUAAGAAAUAUGAUGAGUUAGCUCGAGUGUGGACACAGAAAUAUGCUAUGGAUCCUUGAUGCGGCACUACACAAAACAUUUCGAUAAACAUAUUUUCUCCUUCCUUCUUGUACUCAUUGAUGGCGUACGUGUUACAUUUAAUGUCGAUCGAUUUUUUUCAUCUCUCGAUUAACCUUACUUUCUUAUUCUAUUCUUACUGGUUUGUCAGUUGUGCGUUUGUGAAAAUGCUCUUAAGGUUGUCACGAUUAUUUCUUCUUUUUUCGAACUAGACUCGUGCCGUGUUUAGUGACAGUUGGCGGUACAGGUUGGUUCACUCAGACGUUUUCAUUUGUUUAAAUAUUUAAUUGUAUCAAUUCACUUUACGAGAAAUUCAUUACUUGAGCAAUUGCUGCUCGUGAUACUCAUCAUCUAAUCUUCUCAGAAUUUAGUAAUCUGUUUAUAUUUGACCAAAGCUAUUAAAACUUGUGUUUAUUCAAUAGAUUGACUUAAGGAAAAGUCUGAUUUCAUGUUGGGAAGAAGAUUGCAUCAAUGCGAGUAUCAGAUUUUAUGGCAGUCUAAUCUUGUUUUUCAGUAGUCUGUUUACUCGUGUUAAGGCGUGUAUUUUCGUUAACAUAAUACGCUUAUUAGUUUGUAUGAGGUUUUUAGUGACGAUCCUAAGCAUAGUUCUCUAGUUACUUUAUAUAACUACUGUUUCCAACUAAUGUCCCUGCAUGACUAUCGUAUUCUGACAAAAUUAAUGCGGUUCAUUAUCUCAUGUUGACUGCCAUAAAACGGCCAUUACUACUGUAAACUAAUGCAUCGUAGCAAGUCGAAUAAUAACUGAAUCCUUUCAUGGUUAGCAAUUCUACUUCAGUAGACUAAAUAUUAUAGCUUUGAGAUACCCAUCAGCUCUGUUGAGCCUUAAUAGAAAUAGUUUAGCAUAAUCUAGUUAAGGGUAUUGUUACCGGAAAACCUUAUCGAGAUCUACUUUGGUACUUCUGAUAUGUUUUGUUGUUAGCAUCGGUUCAAAAUAGUGUAGUUGCAAGUGGAUUUUUGAAAUCUUGCACCCAUCUUCUCACCUGUUUUAUAAACAUAAACAACUACUUUCCUCAUUUGACAGUAUUUUGUCGUAGUUGUAUAUUUUGUGGAUAGUACUGUCGACCAAUACAGUCCGUAAUUUUUGUUGCUGUGUAGUUACAACAUCGUUUUUCACUCUUCAAUGUAGUUAUUUCUACUCAAUACACAAUUGGACCUGAUACUUAUGGUAAUGUA